CACCACAUCUUCACUCUCUACAUCACCUCCUCCCCCACCGCCCAAUUCCAAUCUACGACCCAUUGAAAAUGGUCAAACCCCUAACCUUCAAAGGCGACAAGCCCAAGAAACGCAAACACACAUCCACCUCCACCACCACCACCGAUGGCUCCCACCCAUCCAAAAAACAAUCCACAUCCACCAGCCUCACAACCCAACAAGAAGACCCCUCUGCCACCGAACACCACGACGAAAACACCCUCUCAGACCAAUCCUGGGUAUCCGCCGACACGAGCAGCGACAUCUCAGGCCCGAUCCUCCUCAUCCUGCGCACCACACCACCCACGUGCCUCGCGACCGACGCGCACGGCACCGUCUUCGCCUCUCCACUCGAGAACAUGAUCGAGGGGGAUCCUCGGACCGCGGAGCCGCAUGAUGUGCGACAGGUUUGGAUUGCGAGUAAGAUUGCGGGCAUUGAGGGGUGGAGUUUGAAGGGGUCGAAUGGGCGGUACCUGACCAGCGACAAACAUGGCAUCAUGUCCGCCAAUGCAUCAGCCAUCUCGCAGCACGAGAUAUAUACGAUUAAUGAGAGUGGGGUUGGGGGUGGAGGGUUCUUUGUUUUUGGGACGGGGACGGGGGCUUCUUCCUCGUCUUCCGCUGCGCAGGGGGGUGAUGGUGUGGAGGUUCGUGGGGAUGAGACUAAUCUCGAUGAUGGGGAGGAGGGUGGCGGGGGGACGAAUAUCCGGGUGCGCAUGCAGGCGCGCUUCAAACCGCGCAUUCAAGCGAGUAAGGAGAUUAAGGCGCGGGAGAAGAUUGGGAGGAAGGAGUUGGAGGGUAUUGUGGGGAGACGGUUGGAUGAUGAUGAAGUGAAGAGGUUGAGGAAGGCGAGGAAGGAGGGUGAUUUUCAUGAGGUCGUGUUGGAUGUUAGAGUCCGGGGGAAACAUGAUAAGUUUGCUUGAGCUUUUCUAUUUCUAUAGAUGGUUGGUUGGGUUUUGUCAUGUACAG